UCCAGGUUAGAAGAAACUCAUCAGGAAAACAGGAAAUUCGAGCGUCACUUCUGCUCUGAUAGUAUUUUUUCAUCGGUAAUUGCCUUUGAGGCUGCAUAAGGAGCAACACUAAUUUGUGUGCGUGUGCGUGUAUUUCAGUUCAUUUUUAAAAUUAUACAUUACGGACGCGGCGUGACAACAAUCAAGUGCGAACUGAUAUACAAUCAUUUUCUUCUUAUACAGUGACUUCAAAACAUUCAACCAUGCCUUCAAGAAACUACCUUGACAAAAUUGGCAGAAAGAAGAAAAAGAAAUGGACAGAGGAAGCGAUGGCGCACGCACUGAUUGAGGUCAAGUCAGGGAGGUGCACUGUGAGAAAGGCAGCCAAGGAGUUUGGAGUCCCCAAAUCCUCACUGGGGGACCGAGUCAGUGGACGGGUGACACCAGGGUGCCGCAGUGGGCCCGCUCAGCUUAUAACAUCUUCUGACGAGGCACUGUUGGUGGAGUUCUCCUUACACAUGUCCAAGCAUGGAUUCCCGCUCACUAAGCAGCAGCUGGUGUCAUUUGCGUCUUCCAUUUACAAACGUCAGCACAGAAGGGUGGCCUUCUCUAAACUGGGCCAGACCUGGUGGCUCAACUUUCGGAAACGUCAAGAAAAAAAUAUCACGAUUCAACCAGCAGACAGUGUUAUCCGAGGUAGGACGGUCCGCGUCAGGAAGGAAGCGUUGGAUCAUUUUUUUCACCUCCUGAGCACUGUGGUGGAAGAUCACAAAUUGGGGGGCAAGUCUCACUACAUUUGGAAUUGCAAUGAGAUGGGUUUUCAGCUGGCCCGCAAGAAAGUUGUUCUCCCCAAAGCUACAAGUCUGGGUUGCAAGUCAACGCCGGGCUCCAAGGACUACGUCUCUGUCCUGGCUUGCCUGAACGCCGCAGGGAAGGAUAUUCCGCCAUUUAUCGUCUACUCCAAAGCCUACCCAGGAGGAGUGUGUUACAAAACCCAAGGGCCGUCAGAUGCCCUCUAUGGCUGGUCCGAUUCGGGAUGCGUCACUUCUGAACUUUUCAAAAAGUGGUUCCUCGGACACUUCCUGGUGUAUGCUCCUAAAGAGAGGCCACUGCUGCUUAUUUUCGAUGGCAACAAGUCACCCGUGAACCUGGAAGUGGUUGAAGCCGCCCGUAAGGAAGGCAUCAUCCUUGUGUGCCUCCCGCCUCACUGCGCUCACAUCCUGCAGCCGCUAGACGCCGGCCUAUUUCCGCGCAUCAAGCAACGGUUUGCUGCGCUUUUAGAUGAGAUGCACGCCGCUGAAGCGCCUCUGUUUGCAGUCAGCAAGAAAGACUUCUCGGGUGUGUUCAAAGGGGCGUAUCAGGUGGCUAAAGGGGACGAGGGUAUCAGGAUAGUUGAGGAAGGUUUUAGCAAAUGCGGCAUAUACCCCGUGAGACCCUUUGCGUGUAAUGACGCCCUUUUGAUGUCAUCGCACAAUGUGGACCCUGAAGCUGACGGUUCCUUGUCGACAUCGGCACAGCGUGUUGGAGGUCUCGCUGCUCCUGGACUUUGACCUGAUUGAUCUGUAAUUCACAAACAUAUAAAUGAACACCAGAGGCGCACUGAUUAAUCAAGAAUCAAUGAUUAUUUUUUAUAGUCAAUGAAUCGUUGAGAUAACUUUUUAGGUUUUGUCCAAAUGCUCAGAAUUUCAACUUCUCAACAGUACAUUUCUGUAGUCCUCCAUGAAGGGGGACUGAUUAUCUUUGUGUUGAAUCAAAAUGCAAUAUUUGCUUUUAAUUUGGAAAACAACGGUCAACAUUUUUUUGAGCUAACCAGGAAUCGAAUCAUCUUUAAUUUAUGUAUGGGCAUUUUCUGCACUGUCAAUUUGAAAUGAUGUCAUGUUUUUGAAUAAAGGGAUGCAAACU